GCGGGGCGUCCCCGGCGGCCGCCGCCGCGCCGCCACUGGCCCCGCCCCUAUAUAAGGGGCGGCCUCAGCGCGGCCCCGACCGCGGCCGUCGCGUCUCCCGCACCGACCCGACCUGCGCUCGGGCACCAUGGCAGACCAGUCUUUUGUGACUCUAGCCACAAAUGAUUCAUAUGUGAAAGGAGCACUGGUACUUGGUUCAUCCUUGCAACAGUAUAGAACAACAAGGAAGCUGACUGCACUCAUAACUCCUCAGGUCUCAGAUCUUAUGAGGAGAGUGCUGGAAAAAGUCUUUGAUGAAGUCAUAUUGGUAAAUGUCUUGGAUAGUGGGGAUUCAGCACACUUGGCGUUAAUGAAAAGACCUGAGUUGGGUGUCACACUAACAAAGCUUCACUGCUGGGAACUGACGCAGUUUUCAAAAUGUGUUUUCAUGGAUGCAGACACAAUGGUUUUGUCAAAUAUAGAUGAGCUUUUUGAGAGAGAAGAGCUAUCUGCAGCACCAGAUCCAGGCUGGCCCGACUGUUUUAAUUCAGGAGUUUUUGUUUAUCGACCUUCCAUUGAAACAUACAGUCAGCUGUUACAGUUUGCCACAGAGAAAGGCAGCUUUGAUGGUGCAGAUCAGGGGUUAUUAAACACCUUCUUCAGCAGCUGGGCAACAACAGACAUGAGCAAACAUCUACCGUUUAUUUAUAAUUUGAGCAGCACUUCUGUAUAUUCCUACCUUCCAGCAUUUAAAGCGUUUGGUGCAAAUACUAAGGUGGUGCAUUUCCUGGGAAGCACAAAGCCGUGGAACUAUACAUACGACUCCAGAACAAAAAGCAUAAAGGGCAACAUGGAUGACCCUAAAAUAGUUCACCCAGAAUUCCUCAACAUGUGGUGGGAUACCUACAUAGCUGAUGUUUUACCAUUACUAGAACAGCAUGGAAUUGUUAAAGAAACUACUACAGGGGUAAAUAUGCUAUCGGGCUUGGUCUAUACUCUGGCUUUCUCUUGUGGCUUCUGUAGAGAGGCAGAAGUUACAGAGGCAGUGUCCCACGUAUCAGUAUCACCACUAUUACCAACUGAAUCUUCAGAAGAACGCAAGGAACGGUGGGAACAGGGCCAAGCUGACUAUAUGGGAGUGGAUUCCUUUGACAACAUCAAGAAGAAACUUGAUACCUACCUUCAGUAGAAGUGCCUGUCUCAAACAGUGGUGAUGCAAGGACUUGUUCCAGAACUAACAGCUAGAAAGGUAUAGAUGGUGGUCAGUUACACUUGCUAGUAGCUUGAGGAAAACUUCUUGGCUGAAGGCCUCUGCAGUGCUACAGAUGAAGACUGAGCAAAAGCUAGGAAGCAGAAUCCUUGGGCCACCUAUUACUGCCCAAUUUCCAAUUCUCCAUACUAGAUAAAGCCAGGUAUUUUCAGCUUAAAUUUCUUCUGUUUUGAUCAAUUGGCUCAGCAUAUUCUUUAAACUGGGUUUGUUACCUCACCUCAUUAGGUGAUUAGCAUUGAUUCCUUUGCUUGCUGUUUUAGAUGUAAAAUCUAAUUCAUGGGAUUGCUCAUACACUGGAGUGGUAGCCAUUCUGCUUUACCAUAAAUGUAUUAAUGACACUGGAUACAUACAGUUGUAACAGUAAUAGCACUGCUUUGCUCUUCCAGUCACAAUUGCACUGAAAUUUUGACCAGGUUCUUACGCACAGUGCCUGCAGCAUGGCAGAAUGCGUUUUUCAGUUCUGUAUACUAUGGGACUAGUAAACUGAGUUUUAUCUGUUUCUUGCAAUGUUGCACUUGAUACAAAAAUAAAAAGUUGUCAUGCAUUUCUGUCUUCCCUAAACUCUUGAGCAAUUAAAAAAGGAGCUCUAAAGCAGUCUAACUAAAAUAUUCAACAGGUAUAAAUAUCACUUAAGCUUUGCUGAUGCUACUCAAGCUCUCAUUAGCAAAAGUCCAGCUCUCAGUUCGUAAUUAUUUAGAAGUACUUAGUCAUUUGCUAGGGAAUUGUUUAGGGCCAAUCCCCGUAUUAACUUGACAUAUAUAUAGGACAGGGCACAUGAGGAAGUACUUGCUGAAGCUGUUUACAUUAGUAACUUGAAGUUUGGGAAGAAGGCAUCCUUCUUUCAAGUGACUAAAGAAACACCAUCCCUAAUGUAAGCCCUGUACACUGAACUUAGUCAUAAAAACAACUGUGCUACUACUUUGGCAAAGAAGGAUUACAUAGCUGCUUAAGUAACUGUACCUACCCUGGUAAGGAAAACUACUCUUUCCAUGUAUAAAGACAGUAAAAGAAAGUGCUUUUUUUGCCACACUCGGGCUACACGUACUCCAAGACACAUGGAAAAGCAGUAAAAAUAAAGCAUGCUGAUGACAGACAGAGAUUGGCUGUCAUCUGUACUAAGGUUUUCUAUCCUUCAGUCUAAAAUCUAAACAGAACAAAAUCAGCGUAUUUUUGACAGCUGUACCUUGCACAAAUCCAGAAACACUAAGAAAAUAUUACUUCCUUAUUUCCUAGUAAAGGAGGAUUUUGGCUGGAAUUUAGUGAUGGUGUUAAAUCUUGAGCCUAGAGAUAAAAUAAAUGAUCAACAAGCUCUCACCAUUUGCUGGUAAAGCAGAAGACAUAAUAUGAACAUAAGGGUUGGUCUAUUUUAACUUGUUUUCACUACUUAAUUCCUCUAUGAUUUAGUUUUUCACCAUUUAGAAAAAAUGCUAAGAUGAGGUCCAAACCAAAGUAGCUUGUAGCUACUUAAAAGAACAUAGUCUCUGAACUCCAGGUUGUAACUAGCCCUUUCCUGUAUGAGUUUUUCUUUUGCUGUGUUUUUUUUUUUUUUUUGUUUGUUUGUUUUUGUUUUUUUUUAACAGAUAAAUUUGAAGUUGUGUGAAAGCAGUAGGGAUUUGUAGUUACAGUCUGUAAUGACAAAAGUAUACUUUAUCAAACAAAUAUUGGAGAGUUCUGCAUACUCAAGACUCAAAAACUACUCUAUGGAAAAUGGUAAAAUACUCCUUUUAAGCCAAAUAGUCUAAAUUGUCCUCCCCUUGUCUGUAUUCAUACUGAAGAGUAGCGACAUUACUUCUUUUUAAGCUUAGUUGGAGAGAACCAACAAGGUAUUAUUAUUACCUGCCUGAAAAUUUGGUUUAGCAUGUACGUUUCAUUACGUUAAUACAAUAAGAUAAGGAGAGAUGCUGAAUAAGAUGAAAACCAGCAUGUUUUGGGUUAAAAAUAUAGUUAGUGAAGAAAGAUAACCUGUGAAAAGAAUUCUGUUGUAGCCUCUGUAACUCAUAUUAUGAUCAAGUGUUUACCACAGCCUCAGGAAAGGUAUGACAUCUAUACGAAAUUCUAUGCAGUUUAUUUUCAAUAAAAUUACCUUUAUAUCAUUA